UGGAAGGGAUUGUCUUCCUCUCACGAAUCGGCGACACACCUCCAGCACAAAAAUCAGGCUCUCCUGCCUCUCUCUCGUUCACACUCUCUCUCUCUCUCGCCUGAAAGGAUACGGCUCUUCGUCCCGACAGGGCCGCGGAGACACGGGGACGGAGCCUCAGCGAUCGUCAGCACCAGUAUUCCUCAGCCUGUUUCUGGAGAGGAGCACUGCCUGUGCUUCCUGCAACUUACCCCUUUCUCCUGGUACUACUGGAUAUUUCCUGCUCCUGACGAAAGGCGGCCGUGAAUGGAAACUCGGCUUCUCCUCGGCAUGAAGAGGCAAUGAGAAAGGUCACUGCCAACCACCUUUUAGACCUUUGGAUAAAUCGCGAGGGGGGAGACAAGAGCGUUUGGUGAGAGGAUGGCCAGCAGGGAGGAGCUGAUCGGGAUCCCCUUCCCAAACCACAGCAGCGAUGUUCUCUGCAGUCUGAACGAGCAGAGAAGGGACGGUCUGCUGUGCGACGUGGUGCUCAUCGUCCGAGACCAAGAGUACCGCACGCACCGCUCCGUCCUGGCCGCCUGCAGCCAGUACUUCAAGAAGCUCUUCACGGUGGGAAUGGACUGCGAUCAGCACAGCGUCUACGAGAUCGACUUUGUCGCCCCGGAGUCUCUGACCGCCAUUCUGGAGUUCGCCUACACCUCCACGCUGACCGUCACCACUUCCAACGUUAAAGAGAUCCUCGGUGCCGCCCAGAUGCUUGAGAUCCCGUGCAUCAUCGACGUGUGCCUGGAGAUCAUGGACACGGGGGGAGGAAGAGGCGAAGACGAGGAGGAGGAGGAGGAGGAGGAUGACGACGACGACGAUGCUGAAGAGGAAGGAGAGGAAUCGAGAGAGGAGGACCCUGAAGAGGAGGCCAGCGAGAAGUUGACGUGGGCUUCUGAGAAUCAAGACCAGAUGGUUGAUGACAGUGUGGACUGCACUCCGAGCACCUCCCAGCAGGAAGACCGGUCGGACAUCCUGAGAAACUACCAUGUCAAUGAGAAGACCACAGACUCCGAAGGCCUGGAGAGCCGAACCCUGAAGGACUUUUCCAUCGAAUCGUUGUUGCAGGAAGGCCUGUACCCCAAGAUGUCCGCCGCUGACAGAAUGUCAAACUUUUCCCCACUUCUCCCCGGCUUCUUCCCUCCCCUGUGGGGGGAGUUUCCCGGUUUCCCUCAAAUGCUGGACCCAAACCCCAGUCCUCACCUGUACCACCAAGAGCUCCACAACAGGCCGCUGGACUUAGCCGUAAAGAAAGAGGUGAUCAAGGAAGAGCUGAAGGAGGAGAUCCACCCCAGUCUCUUCCGCAGCGACUUCCUGAAGGACUUCAUGGGCGCAGGCCUCGGUUUGGGGGCCGAGGGCCAUUUCGGGGCCGUCAAGGAUGAGACGGACUUCCGGUCCUACCUGAGCAUCCUCAGCGCGUCGCAUCUGGGUUCCCUCUUUCCGCCCUGGCAGCUGGAGGAGGAGCGGAAGAUGAAGCCCAAGGCCUCGCAGCAGUGUCCCAUCUGCAACAAGGUGAUCCAGGGCGCGGGCAAGCUGCCCCGGCACAUGAGAACGCACACGGGAGAGAAGCCCUACAUGUGCAACAUCUGCGAGGUUCGCUUCACCAGGCAAGACAAGCUGAAGAUCCACAUGCGUAAGCACACCGGGGAGCGCCCUUACAUCUGCCUCCACUGCAACUCGAAGUUCGUGCACAACUACGACCUGAAGAACCACCUACGCAUCCACACCGGCGUGCGGCCUUACCAGUGCGAGCACUGCUACAAGAGCUUCACGCGCUCCGACCACCUGCACCGCCACAUCAAGCGGCAGAGCUGCCGGGCGUCACGUCCGCGCCGCGGCCGCAAGCCGGCGGCCUGGCGCGCCGCGAACCUGCUCUACCCGCCCGCCGCCCACCGCGAGGACACGGGCGACCCCGCGGGGGGCAGGCUCCCUCCGGCCGCCCGCGCGGGCACAAACCCCGGCUUCAUGGACAGGCAGCACCUGGGCGGGAGGAACUUGAGCUUCGAGGACUUGGACAGCAACAGCAGGGAGAGCGUGGAGGCCCGGCAGUCGGACCGCAGCCACGCGGAGGAGGCGGAGAGGAAGAGGGGGGUGUUCACCUUCGCCCUGGCGCACGAGGACAUGCUCUCCCAUCGGCCGUUCUACUCCGCGACCUCUGACCCCUGGGCUCUGAGGCUGGGACACAUCCCACCCAUUCCAGAGGCAACAAGCUAAGGCUUUUUUUUUUUUUUUUUUUUUUUUUAUAGAUGUUUGCAAUAAAUGCCUCCAGGAAGUUUCACACUUGAGAUAAGGGGACUUAUUCUUACAUCAUGAACUGCACCUUAUAUGCACCUGUUUUUUUAAAGGACUGACUGGGUAAGAACUCAAAUUAACUGGUAAAUAUCUUGAUAUUUUUGUAAUUCAUAAAUUACCACCUUAAAUGAUUAAUCUGAUAUUUACCAACUUCUGUACAUUUUUCUUUUGUAAAAAAACAAAACAAAGUUUAGUCAUAAAAUCAUUCCGAAUGUUUCCUUCACUUCACUUGACUGGAGGCAUUUCCCGCUGAUUUCAUAUGAAAUUGUAUUAAAUGGAACACACUGUCCAGGGACCGAAACAAAAUAAACGGACAGGAUGAGAUUCGGUCUUAAACCUGAAGUCAGACUGUGUGCUUAUGCGUGUAUACACAGUACUUUGCAGAAGACAGUGGAUCCAAAUGAUCUCCUUUCUUAUUCAUUUUUGAGAUUCAUGGGUGAGAUUAAGAACUUCAUCACCACGCCACUGACAAACUCAUACCAAUCACAUUGCUGUCUGAUUAUUAUAAACAUUUGUGGUUCGAUCGACGAGAAAUGAUUACAUAUUCUAAGAUUCACAUUAACUAUGAAUAGCUCACUAGCCACUUGACUUGGUUAUACAAUUCUAAUGACAUUAUUGUACAAUAAAUUAAGUUGGAAUGAAAGAACAAGUAACAUUACCAUUUACAUUUUGAAAUACCUUCUGAAAAAUACUAGUGUCGCUUAUUGAUGAAAAAAAUUGUGUAUGAAAAAGUAUGAACGAUCACUCAGGACACUUUAAUUCAAAUCAUGGCUUAUUUGCCAUUUUUCAACCUAAUCUAGAAUCUAAAUUCGGUGUGACAAUAUUACUUGUUCUGUUAUUCUUGCAUAUGAUUACUUGUUAGUUUUGCCAAUUGAUUAUACUCAUUAACCCCCAUGAAACGCAUAAUGAAAACCAUCUAUGUGAAAUCAGCUAAGUAUCAAUGUAUAACAGGUAUGCUGUUAUUUGCCCUACAACUCUUAUAUUUCCAAAACAAUUCAAUGAAAGUAUGUCCUAGGUGACUAUCUUUGCUCAGUACAAAAGCUCAGGAAGACUUUCACAGCAAAGCUUUAAUUUCACACAUCUUAUUUUUGGUGUAAUAUUCAUCUGGAAAUACUUUCUAAUGCAAAACAUUAAAAAGGUCUGGCAGCUAUGGCUUAAGAUUGGUGCUGGUAAUUCUCUUUAUAUGAUGCAUAAAUAUGGACUUUUGACCUGUUUUUGCAGAGCUACAAAUGAAAAAUGAGAAGCCAUUUAAUGCAAAAUGAGAAAAAAAUAAAAAAAUAAAACUGAAGUCUAGCUUCUGAAUCAGGCCUAAAACAAAGAGGACAUGAGCUAACAUUGUGUGUCAGCAAUGUUGCACAAUGGUGAGAAUGGGCUGAACUGCAUGUUGUGAAGAAAAUAUAUAAUAAACAUUUAUUUUGCUAUUUGAACUUGCUGAAUGUUACUCACACCUCAUCUGUUAACUUGUUAGUAAGGUUAUAUUAAUAUUGGAUUUAGGCCAGGCCACAACAAAAAUUGUUAUGUAACUUCUCUAAAUUUGACAGCCAGCUUCCCAAAUUCAAAUAUUAUGGCUUAAAGUGAAUAUUGGCCUCAGUUCAAUGUCUCCUACUGCCCCCUACUGGUCAACCACCAUUGGGCUUUUUGAGGAUUUCUCCUACUCUAGACUGUAUCAAUAAUGUCGCUGCAUAAAAAUAACAAGAGGGUAUGAACUUCCCUUUCCUCCUCCUGACAUAUUUCAUAUUUAGAAAUGUGUGAAUAUGUACAUACACUCUUGUCAGUGCCACAGUAAAAGUCCCAUUCAGCAGACACAUAAUGGCACAGUUUACUUGAAAAUUCAUGCAUAAGAUGUUAUCAAUGUUAUGCUGUAAUAGAAAAUCAGCAUCAAUGCUAUUAUGCUGCCAUAUGUGGAAGAUGUACAGUUGUGACAAAAAAUGCAAAAAACUAUGUUUUGAGUGACAUCGGGCUAGCCAGUUUGAUAUCAUAUAUGAUAUGAGCCAGCUGCGUAGAUGUAUUUUAUAUUGAAAAGGGUCUGGGCAUUUUCUAAGUGAAUUCAUAAUUAAAUGCAUAAUAAUUCAGAUUAAUGUGUUGCCUGAUACAGUAUAUAAAUAUAAUUAUAAACAUAACAAUUUAACCCACAGUUUUCUAUGGUUAUUUCAGCUUCAGACAAGUCUAGCUUGCAAAAGUGUAAAUAUAAUAUGUACAGAAAAAUGUUUUUAACCAUGGUAAUUUCAGCCAGCUUCAAUGUGUACUGUGGUUUGGUCUCUUUUUUUAUAAAUGGGAAUUAUCCAAAGAUGUGGAAAUUCACAAACUUGAAGCAGUGUUGUGGUAUGUUUUCAGUCUCUUUGAGAAGCAUACAUUCCUAAAAAAUUUUGUACAUAUGAAAAUUUUAACUGCGAUUGCUACUCUCGGUGUGUAACUGUUUGCCUUAGUAAAUCAAAGGGGCACUGUGCACUCUUCCGUUAUUUACAGUUCUUUAAAAAAAGAAAUAUAGUGAAAUUCAUGUUGGUUUGAAUUGAGAUGGAAAAUAUUUUCUAUUUAUGCAUAUUUAAAUUUGCCUUGGCUAUAUUUUGUUAAGAUGUUUUAUAAAGACACUAAAAUAUAUUUCCUCUGGGGCUGGGUCCUGUUCCAAGAUGUGCAGUCCAUGGGAGCAUGUUGUUUUUAUAUGUGUUUGGUACGAACUGGACGAUUCUUAUUUCAAAUUAAGAAUAUCUUUCCAAACUAAGGGCAUUCAACUAGUAAUUGUGUUUACAGAUUAAUAGAUUUUCCCUGAGGUGUUACUCGAGUAAGUAUACCCAUUCUCAUGGCUUGGGUCAAAUAUACUGUCUAACCUCCAGACAAGAUAGAAAAGUUUUAAGUAUCUACACUCAGUGAUCAUUUUAUUAGGCAGACCCGUACACCAGACUAUUAAUGCAAAUAUUUAAUCAGUAAAUAAUGUGGCAGCAAUUCGUGGUCAAGAGGUUCAGCCGUUUUUUGGACCAAAUGUCAGAAUGGGGAAGAAAUAUGAUCAAAGGAAUGAUUGUUGGUGCCAGACAGGGUGGACUGAGUAUCUCAGAAACUGCUGUCUGUUGAGUUUUCAGAGAAUCGUGCAAAAAAAAAAAAAGAAAAGAAAAACACCCAGUGAGUAGCAGUCCUGUGGGCAAAAAAUGAGAGAGGUCAGAGGGGAAUGGUCAGACUGGUCAAAGUUGAGUCACAGGAAAAUAACCACGCAUUACAACAGUGGUAUACAGAAGAGCUCUCUGAACACACAACGCAUCAAACCUCUUAGUAGACGGGCUACAGCAGCAGACUUAUUUGACCAAUAAGUACUCUAAUAAAUACCUAAUACAGUGCUCACUGAGUGUAUCUUGCAAUACAAUGAAACGUGACUUAGGUCAAACAUUAAACAUUAUAAAAUCUUAUAUUCACAAAAACAUUAAUUUGGUGUGUUGCAAGACAGUAUCUAUUUCUCUCUGGAUAACAUAAGACAUUUAAUCAAAUCUCUUCAAUGCACAGAUCAUUUCCAUGGAUUGCUCUUGCUUUUAAAAAAGAAAUAAUGUGCCCUGAAAUGUGGAACAAAGUGUAUUUGCACUAAUUACUUUUGAUGCUUAACUGUUACCUUUCCUUUAAAUUGCUGAAAAUUCCUUUAAAUGAAUUGAAUGAACAUAUUGAACUCGCGUUAUGCACUUUAUCAGUCUUAACAUGAGGCAGAGCUGCAGUUUGAAUUAGACUUCACGUAUGUACAAUGUGCCUGUGCUGCUUAAGCAGUGCAAUUACUAUAUUAAUUUUAAAAACUGUUCAAGAAAAUAAAAUGGCAUUUUUUCCAAUCAGA